GAAUAAUGGUAAUGGGGAGAGGAGGUGAGGAAGGAGGUGAGGGAAGGAGGUGAGGAUGAGAGAGAGAGUUGCUGAAGGAUCGUGGCGGUUGUCAAAUUGGACACAAGACGUCGGAGCAGGUGGCGCUCUUUCUCACUGCUCCUUCCUUCCUUCCUGCCCUUCCAUAUCACCCUGUUGCCCUCCAGGCCCUCCCGCCUGCCACAUGCUCCCUUCCCCUCCCAAAAGACGAUGAAUCCGAACAGGGAAUUCCCACGAUUACUUAUCUCUCACCCCUCCCCCCUGUCUGCCAACUUAACCUGUGCUCCCGCCGCCACCGCCGCCGCCUGCUACAACCCUACUCCUUUGCUCCGCCUUUCUGCAUGGGUCCUGCGCUUACCGCUUACCCUAUCCCCUCCCAUGGCUAAACGGGCUCAUUUUACGUUCAUUUUUCAACUCCCCGGGCCACAGUGUGGCUCCGCUCUCUCUCUCACUUACCCUGCGAAAGGGGCGGGAGAAGGAAGGAGGUAGAUCGGCUCACCACCCCACCAAUGCCCGACUGCAGCAGUCCCCUCAGGCCACGCCGAAACCCCCUCGCCAUGAAGAGCUUCCGCCUCAGCCUCACCAGCCUCACCUCAUCUCCCCUCCCCCAUCCCUCCCGCCGCGCUUGCUGUGUCCAACCUCCCCCCCGGUUUCUGUGCUACUGCCUCCCACUUUGCGACUGCUGCCUCCCCCGUCCUUUGGCCCAAUGAUGAACCGCACACGCCCGUGCCGCCGCGCCGUCGCUCCAGGCCGUCGGGGACCAACGUCACGCCGUCUAGCGCUCACGCCAUGGGGUGGGCUGAGGGCAGCAUCAUGAACAUGCCAUGCCUGUCCGAGGUUGUGAUUGGGUCUCGGUGGCAGCUUGAGGGCAGGGCUAGGGGCAUGAACCUUGAAUGGUGGGAAGGGCGCACACGGAGGGUCUCGAGGUUUUCGUCCUGCCUCCUCAGAGUUGUUGUGUGGAAGGAGCGAGGCGGGUGGUAAUAUAUUGCUGCUAGUGCCUUCCUUCCUUUUGUUUUUUUCCGGUGUUACUGGAUAAGACAUACGGAUACUUGGCUAUUUGACUAAAACUGAUACGCUUGAUCGAACAGCUUUUUAGAUUUGGGAAGGAACGAAGGUGAAGAGCCACGUUUAGGUGGCCACUAUGAGUGGUUCCUCCGCCGGCUUGCCGUUGCGAUCAGGCAAUAACGCGCGCGUUAAGUCGGAGCCCGCCAUUGAUUCGGAGCCGUACUUGGAUCCGGAGAUGAACAUGGAUGGACUCAUGGAGGCCACUACGGAGGCCAGCGUGGGUGAGGAUGCUAGGUCGGAUGUCGAAGAGGAGAAGAAGCUACGCAAGAAAAGAGAGUAUAAUCGCGUCGCGCAGCGAGAAUUCCCUAACACUGUCUAAGGUCGACGCCGCAAAGAUAGAAUGACCAAGCUUGAGCAAACCCAGAGCGUCACGGUUACUGAGCAGAGCAAUGAGAUCUACAAUCUUCGCAGGCAGAACGAAGAACUGCGGGCACAGAACGAGUUCCUCAAGGCACAGGUCUUCGGCUCCGGCUGGCAAUGCAACGAAGGCACGGCCCUUCCACAGACCGUUCCGUCGAUGUCGUCGCGCCGCCAUAAGCCUGCCGUUGCCUCUGCCUCGAGCAUCUUGGAGUCCAUGACCAACGAUGGCACGAUGAUGGAGGUGCUUGGGACGCCCAAUAUUCUGCCUGCGAACCAGCUCGCUAUGACCUCAUCGAUGCUGCCAAGCGCCAUGAAUGCAUUUGCCGGCACUAUGCCGUCGUCGGGCAACAUGCAUGGCAUGCAGUACUCCAUGGGGCAUCCGGCAGGUUCGAGAGCUGGCGCUCAGGACAACUCAGGCGCCUUCGACUUCGGUGCAGUAGCAUCAGGCUCAUCGACCUUCCAGACCAUGAGCAACAUGCCGUUCACUAUCUCUUCGAUGGCCACCUCGUCCCAAGUUGCAGCGCAGCUGUCACAUUCCAACCAGCAGGCAUCCUCGAGCCGACUUGUGGCCGAUCAAUCAAACCUCAUCGCCAUGGUGCCCGCCAGCCGCAUCAAGACCACCACCGCGAUCUCAGCCAUCUUCUCGCUACUCGUUCAAGAAGCCCCAUCCUUCCCCUCUCCCACCUCCAACCAGCCCUGCCCGCGCCACCUCCAAAUCCUCGCCGCCAUCGCCCCCUCCCUCCCCAUCCCCUUCCGCCCCACCGCCACGCAGCUCACAACCACCCACUACUACGGCGUCGACCUGCUCCCCUCGCCUACGCUCCGCGACCGCCUCUGCCGCGCCGGCCCCGACGUCUCCGCCGCCUUCCUGCACGAAUUCGACUACCUCCUCCUCACGCCCAACAUGGACGAGCACCAGCGCCUGACCAUCUGGGGCGAGGAGCCGUACAGCGAGUUCAGCUGGGAGUUCUCGCGCGAGAUGAUCGAGCGCUGGGGGUGGCUCGUCGGGCCGUCAUGGGCCGAGCGCGCGAACUUCUGGCGCACGCAGCGGGGGAGGGCGGUGCUGCCGAUGCCGGUCGCGGCGUCGGAGGGGAGUCUAUGGGGGAUGUGGCAGCAGUUGCGCCUUGGGGCCCUGGGAAGGGAGUCGAUGAUUGGGAGUGCGGUUGUUGGGAUGGCGGGGUUGGGGUUGCACCCGCAUAAUCAACAUCAUAUGCAGUAGACGCUGCAGCUUGGGCAUCGGUUCCUCCCGCCUUUGGUAGAGUGGGCGAUGAGUUGGUUUGCGAGAUGUGCUAUUUUGGAGUUUUGGUGGCCUAUGUCGUAAUAGAUGGUGGGAUGGAGUAAUGGUCGGUGGGGAUACAAAAGGUGUUUAAUGGGGGAGACGGUGUUUUGGGGUGUUUUGAUGGGGGCGUUUCGGGGGCUUGCUAAAUCUAUAUGGUGAUGAGGCAUGAAACGAAACGACAAUUUUGGGGAUAUGGAUAAUGAGGCGAGCACUCUCGGUUGGCGUUAUAUCAGCCACUCGUUGGGAUGGAGUUUGGAAAGGAAAGAGCCUGACUGGAUCUGAGGCUGGGAUUAUAUAUCUUUUUCUUUUUGACUGACUGAGUGAGUUGGUGGUUGGAGGACAAAGGUUGGAUCAUCUUGAGGAGCUGUGCUCGAUUAGGGGAUAGGAAGGGGGGUUUGGAUUUUCUUGCUGUGCUAUGCGUACUAUACUAUAUGGUAUGGUAUGGUAUGGUACUGGAAGAGGAUAUUGGGUAGUGUUUAGAUUCUCUCCAUACGGAGUAGAGGUUUCUAGAUGGAGGGGGGAAGGGGAUAAUAUAUAUCACUCACUGUGUUAUGGUUGUUUUUGUGCCGAUUGUGAAGCGUGAUGCUGUGAAAUUGUGGAAACGGGAUAUCCCACAUUUACACCAAUAACACAACUCAUUCCAUUAAAUCCGCCAUUGGGAGUAAAGAAGGGACCCUCCUACAUCCACGCGUCACAUCUCCACCUCCCAGCCCCUAUCCACACCUUCCACACCCCUCGGCUUGUUUCCAUCCCGACCCUCCCUCGCCACAACCUCGUCAUCCCAGGGACUCCCCCCACCGAUGAACGAAUAGUUUGAGGUCUUACAUGAUGCCCACCUCGAGUGCCCCUCGCCGAUCGGGUGUUGACAUAAAUGCUUAGUUAUGCGUUAGUGUAGGGGUGGAGACCUGGGCGAGGCUGGGUUUGGAAUGGAUGCUUCCUUUGUUGAUGUGGUGCGGGGCUAAUUACAAGGCGCUGAGGGGGGG